AUGUGCCUUUUAUGUAACAAAAUUUUGGGCAAUGACGCUAUGAAACCAUCUAAACUGCAAAAUCAUCUGAGAAGAUGCCACCCUGAUAAAACAGAGAGAGAUUUGAAAUACUUUCAAACACUCAAAUAUAAAUUUCAAAAGAGACCUACACUAGACAGAAUGUUCGCUUCGACGCGACGUCACAAAGAAAUGAUGAUCGUUUGCGGGCGUUUUACAAUAUCUCGUUACUUAUGGCAAAAUCCGGAAAACCGCAUACUAUCGGAGAGAACCGUUGAAGAGGUUUUAAAAACUGUUUUACACAAACCUGCAUCUGAUAUCAUUAAAAGAAUUCCCUUAAGCAACAAUACUGUUGAAAGACGUAUUGAUGAAAUGAGUUCUGAUAUUGAAAGCUUCUUAUGUAAUUAUUUGUAA